AUGCACGAAGUCCGCAAGGCACUAGAACUGGCGCAACAAGCUUAUACUGCGGUUCGGUCUGAGUUGCGCGCUCUCAAGAAAGACCAUGCGAUGCUUCAGGCUGCUAUCCCUGCACACAGCCGAAACCGAGUCCUUAAGAAGACAUCAACCAUCGACAAUGACAUUACCCGUGCGGGCAAGAUGUACGCCAUGCUCAACUACUUUUGGGUCAUGAGCGGGCUCUUUCCGACAAAACCCCAGCCAGACGUUGAUCCACGCAGCGAUACGCGUUGGUCUUCGCCUGAAGCGAAGCUCAAUGGUGCAAUGGCCGAGCUAUAUCAGUGCAUUCCCAAGGCUUUGCAUAAACCGAUGGAGACCUACCCACAGUUUGGAUCAGUGUUUCGCGCUGCGGUUAGUUCCGAGAGGUCAAACAUACUGCAUAGUCUCAAGGACUGCGCUGGUCUUAUCUUCUCUACUUUAAAACUCGACCCGACUGUCUUCACUGACGAGCCUGCCAAAAAGAAGGAGAAUGCACAACUUCUCACUCUUUUAAAGAAGGAUGUCGGUGCAGAAAAGUAUACACGUCUAGCCCCCGUUCUGUUCAUGGAUCCUUCUGCUCUCGUUCCAGACGACUUCCUCAAAACACCAGUCAUGGCCAAGAUCAUCCGAGUCGAAAUCUUCGGGAAGGCUUCACUGUCUGGGAAGACCAAAGGACAUCCGAAGGCCAGGGGUCAGCGUUGGUCUAUGCAGUGUGUCACGGAAGGUCUGAUUGCAGGUGCUGCUAUUGUGGCGCGUUUUUUGUUAACGCAUGAUCAAGAGCUCACCGCAACCGGACCAGCCACGAAAAUUGACUAUGCACAAGACUUUGAUUUUUACUUGGAGCGACUAUUCAAGCGCAGCCCAUGGGCUACGAGUGUGAUCAACUAUUACAACCAGGAGGUUUUCGGCACGAGCUCAGUCCUAGCUACUAGUGGUAUUGCUACUCUACCCUCUGCUUCCCAACCUCACACCUGGGAAGACGACUUCUUACAGCAGUUAGAAGAUCCUGCCUCCGCACCACAACUUCCGUCAUCGACAUCUUCACACAUUACUUAUGCUCUGACAUCUAUGUCUAUCAGCAAUCCAGGAGGGCCUGCCACCACCACGCAACUCCAACUCGAAGUUGACAUUGGUCAGCUGUCGCUCGAUGCCGCUAGAACUGACUUGCCACCAUCCGCAUCUUCUGGCAAGGGUGGUAGGGUGUCUGCAGCUCAACGUCGAGCUAUUGCUCAGGCUGCUCAGACUCCCGUGGACUCAGACGUGGUCCCUGUCAUUCCUUUGGCUCCUCCUCCAGUAGUCAAGCGUGUUACACGCAAUGGUGGUGCCAAAAUGACAGCGAGGAAGGCGUCAGGGAGAAAGUAG